AUGGCUCAUAGAGUUAAAGCCAUUAGAGAGAGACUAGAUCAGAUUGCCGAUGAUAGAGACAAAUUUCACUUUAGUGACCGCCCUGUAGAGUCGCUAGUUGAAAUUAUGGAGAGGGACCAAACUCAUUCCUUUGUGCCUGCAGACGAUAUAAUUGGAAGAGAUGGUGAUAAAAAGAAAAUUAUAGAACUGCUGCUACAAUCCAAACGAGAAGAAAAUGUUUCAGUUGUUCCCAUAAUAGGGAUUGGAGGAUUAGGAAAGACCACAUUAGCUAAAAUGGUCUUCAACGAUGAAAAUGUUGGAGAAUAUUUCCAGCUAAAAAUGUGGGUUUGUGUCUCAGUGAAGUUUAAGCUAAAAGUCAUUGUGGAAAAAAUCAUUGAGGCUGCAACUGGAAGCAAACCUGUAAAGGACCUCCAGAUGGAAACACUGCAAAAUAUUCUUCGAGGCAACAUUAAUGGAAAGAAGUACUUGCUAGUUCUGGAUGAUGUAUGGAAUGAGGACUCCCAAAAUUGGCACAAUUUGAGAAAUUUGCUAUUAGGUGGUGCAAGGGGAAGUUGGAUUGUUAUCACUACUCGUAGUAGGCGGAUUGCAAAAAUCACAGGCACAGUUUCGCCACAUGUGCUUGAAGGAUUGUCAAAAUGCCAAUCUUGGUCACUACUGAAGAAAAAGGCAUUUGAUGACGAAAGCCACGAAUCCAAUGGUUCACACUUUGAAGCAAUUGGAAUGGAGAUUGUAGAGAAGUGUAAAGGGGUCCCUCUUGCCUUAAGGGUGAUAGGAAGUCUACUAGGUGAAGGAACAGAAAGUCUACUAGGUAAAGGAACAGAAGAGCACUGGUUAAAGGUGAGGAAUAAUUUUAUUAAUCAUAUAACUCGACCAGAAAGUGGCAUUAUGCCAAUUUUAAAGUUGAGUUAUGAUCAUCUUAAACCGCAUUUGAAACAAUGUUUUGCUUAUUGCUCUUUAAUUCCGAAGGACACUGAGUUUGAGGUUAAAGAUUUGAUCAUGGAUUGGAUGGCCCUAGGGUUUAUCCAGCCACGAAGUAGAGACGAAGAUCUAGAAGAUAUUGGGCAUGGUUAUUUCAUGAAUUUGCUUUGGAGAUCCUUUUUUCAAGUUGCAAAAGAAGAUGAUUCAGGAAAUGUGAAGAGUUUCACAAUGCAUGAUCUAAUGCAUGAACUUGCAUGCUCUGUUGCUGGGAAUGAGUGUUGCAUUGCAAGUCUAGAAGCAGAAAAUGUAGAUGAAAGAACUCGCCAUGUGUUAUUUGAAGAUGAAUUAGAUUAUUCUUGGGAAAUUCCAAGCGCCUUGCUCAAAGCAAAGAGAGUAAGGACAUUUUCCCAAAUAAGCGGUGGCUACUUGAAUCAAUCCAAUUGCAAUGCACUUACGACUAAUUUUAAGUACCUACGCUCUUUGAAUUUGAGUUACGUAGGUAUUGAGAGGUUACCGCAUUCCAUAGGCAAAUUGAAACAUUUAAAGGCUCUUUUUCUUAAUGGAAAUAAAAAUAUUAAAAAAUUACCUAGUUCUUUAUCUAGGCUACAGAAUUUGCAAACAUUAAGUCUUUCUUAUUGCUUCGGACUUGAAAAAUUGCCGAGCAAAACAACAAGGCUAGUUAACCUCAGAUAUCUUUAUAUUGAUGGUUGUUAUAGUUUGGCUUACAUGCCACGUGGACUGGGGCAACUAAUUUGUUUGCAAACGUUAAACCAGUUUGUUGUGGGAAAGAGAGGCAAAGAAGUUGGUGAGUUAAGGGAAUUGAAUGGACUGAACAACCUCAAAGGAGAAAUAUAUAUUUCUUCUUUACAAAAUGCUAUUCCAGAGCCUGGAUCUUCUUAGUUGAAAGAAAAAUUGAAUUUGAAACACUUGAAAUUGAGCUGGAGUGAUGAUGAGGAGGAGGAGGACGAUGAUGCAAGUAAUGAGAAGUCUGAAUUGGUUUUUGAACGCCUCCAACCACACCCAAAUCUUAAGAAGCUUAAGGUGAAUGGGUAUCCAGGAAGCAAGAUUUCAAGCUGGCUGUCUUCCAUAACCAAUUUAACUCUACUAAUUUUAGAAGAUUGUGUUGAAUGCAAGCUUCUGCCACCACUGCAUCAGCUCUCUUCCCUCAAAUUUCUUAGGCUUUCAGGAUUAAAAGCUUUGGAGAAUGUGUCAGAGAUUGAAAAGCAAAAGGAGUUGUCUUCUUCAAAAUCAACAAAAUUUUUUCCAUCCUUAGAGGAACUUGACCUCAAGAAUUGCCCAAAUCUUAAGGGAUGGUGGAGGGUUGAUGUUGAUGAAGCUUCAAAUGCACAGCUGCCUUGCUUUCCUUGCCUUUCAGAUUUAAGAAUAGAAAGCUGUCCUCUUAAUCUAAUAUCUAUACUGCUGUAUCCUUCAAUAUUGAAGUUGAAGAUGACAACUUCAGAAGAACCAUCAUCUUCUUCGUCUUCUUCACUUUUCCCUCCUUUCUCCAAAUUGACAAAAUUGAGGCUUGAAGAGAUGGAAGAUAUAGAUUCUCUGCCAGAGGAGUUUCUGCAAAACCUAACUUCUCUUCAGUCUUUGUCCAUUUAUAGAUGCAGUAACUUGACAUCAAUGCCAAAGGGGAUGCAAUGUCUGACCACUUUAAAAGAAUUGUACAUUUGGAGAUGUCCCCAGCUAUCGGAAAGAUGCCAAAGGGGUAUUGGUGUGGACUGGCCAAAUAUUGCUCACAUUCGAAAUAUUCGGAUUGGUAACAUUUAG